AUGAGUAUUUCUAUGACGGUUACUUCUGUCUUCACUAAGGCUCUUCCGAAAGUAGAGCUUCAUGCCCAUUUGAGUGGAAGUAUAAGCCGGGAAUGCCUUCGUGAGCUAUGGCUACAAAAGAGGGAGCACAACCGCGAGCUACAGGUCCCGGAUCCAAUGAUAGUCAUGCCUCCAGGAAAAGUUGACUAUUCCCUGAAGACGUUCUUUCAGGUCUUCUCCAACUUAAUCUACUUACUUUGCAGUGACCUGGAGAGUAUUCGAUAUUCUACCAAACGUGUUCUACAGGACUUCCAGGAUGAUGGGGUGAGAUACCUUGAACUAAGAACCACACCUCGGGAAAGCCAGGAGCACGGAAUCUCAAAGGAAUUAUACGUCUCCACGGUUCUUGAUGUCAUAGACGACUUCAAGAAUGAGACGAUGUCGACAUAUCUCAUCCUAUCCAUUGAUCGCACAAAGUCAGCCGCAGAAGCAGACACUCUUGUUGAUCUUGCCAUUAAAUUCAAGAACCGUGGAGUCGUUGGUGUUGAGCUAGGCGGUAAUCCUUCAAAAGGAGACGUAUCAAUCUUCAAGGAUGCGUUUUCAAAAGCCAAACAAAAUGGCUUAGGCGUCACUCUGCACUUUGCGGAAGUGGAAUUCUCGUCUUCACUGAAGGAGCUUACCACGCUACUUUCUUUCCAGCCGGAUAGGCUUGGCCAUGUAAUCAACGUGCCAGAUGAUAUAAAGGCCGAGAUUGCGCGUCGCAAGAUAGGACUUGAACUAUGCUUGUCAUGUAAUGUACACGCGAAACUAAUCACAGGAGGUUACCCUGAUCAUCACUUUGGUUACUGGAGGCACAAGGAUUGUCCGAUAAUUCUUUGUACCGAUGACGUCGGCUUCUUCUGUAGCCCAGUGUCCCAGGAGUAUUUACUAGCGGCAAAAAACUUUGACCUUGACCAAACCGCAUUGCUUGACAUUUGUAGGAAAGGGAUUAACAGUAUUUUUGGAGGGGCUCAGGAAAAGGAGAGGCUGUAUACCCUAAUUGACAAGUUUGAAGAAGAACUUCAAUAG